AGACAUAACUCCAGAGACGGUGAGUCAAACAGGGAAAGGACGCUGUGUGCAUGCAAUAUAAACUUGAGAUUUGCGGAGCCGAGUUGUGACGGCAUCACCGUCACUGUCACAUUACCGUGGACGUUGAGGGCUUGAGGCUACGAGUGGAGGGAGAGAUGAUCGUGACGAAGAUAUUUGUGUUCGAAAAAACACCGGCUUCCCCAUGCAUCCUCCUCCAAGUGACAGAGCUCGUCGAAUCGUACAUAAUCUGGGUCGGCAUCAGCGACACCCCUGUAACAUCAUCUGAGCCUCAGGACAUUCUUGAACAAAGAAUAUCUCAGGGAUGUUUAGCUACUGAUUGGGGAUGUGGUGUUCCGCCUUUAAAAGACGGAACAUUCUCGAUCAGUACACCUUUAUUCCGAUCCUCAAGCAACGAUAAUUCUCUCUCUAUGUCAUUGCGAUUAGCCCGUCGGUUCAAGAAACAAAUCUUCCUCUCAAUAGACGCCACCUUCUCGUUAGGAAACCCAGUUAAUCACUCGCAUAUUCUGCUGCAGAUUGAAAGGAACUUAAUCUCAGCACUCAAGUCACUGGAGACACAUGCCAUAUGAUAUAUUCUUUCUAUUAUAACACAUCCCGAAGACACCAAACCGCUAUUAAAAUUUAUGGCUUACAUACUGACAAUGAUGAUAUCUGAGGGUGCCCAAAUUACAAGUGCCGAGAGUUGAACGGAAAACGGAAUGAUGUAAAAUAUUGUCUGUAAGAUGAAUGUACGAAUGCAUAGCGUCACCCAAACGGUGGCGGGUUCACU